AUGAGGGAGAGGAUUGCUUUAAACGUUUGAAAUUUACGUCAACAAAUUUAUUCUCCGCCUGGCAAUUGUUCGGAGUGGAUGUGUAACGUACUGUUUUAGAAGUAGUGGAAAAAAUAUAAGUUCUAAAAGUUGUUUUGUGAUAAACCAAUAUACAUAAUAUAGACUCCAAUAUCCGAAACAAGAUGAAGUUCCUUGUACUUCUGGUGGCCUUUGUGGCAGCAGCCAACGCCGUUUCCAUCGUCGAGCUAGUCAAGGAGGAAUGGCACGCUUUCAAACUACAACACCGAAAAAAAUACGACAGCGAAACAGAGGAUCGACUGCGAAUGAAGAUUUAUGUGCAAAACAAGCAUAAAAUCGCCAAACACAAUCAACGUUACGAUCUGGGACAGGAAAAGUAUCGACUAAGAAUCAACAAGUAUGCCGAUCUCUUGCACGAAGAAUUUGUCCAGACGCUGAACGGGUUCAAUCGCACCAACGCAAUACAAAUGCCGAAGGGCGUUAGAAUUGAAGAACCAGUUACAUUUAUAGCACCUGCCAAUGUCGAAGUGCCAAAGACUGUAGACUGGAGAAAGAAAGGUGCAGUUACUCCUGUGAAAGAUCAAGGUCACUGUGGAUCUUGUUGGUCGUUCUCGGCCACCGGUGCUCUAGAGGGUCAACACUUCCGCAAGACUAACAAGUUGGUAUCGCUGUCGGAACAGAAUCUGGUCGAUUGUUCUACUAAAUAUGGUAACAAUGGUUGCAACGGUGGAAUGAUGGACUUUGCCUUCCAAUACAUCAAGGAUAACGGUGGUAUUGAUACGGAAAAAACCUAUCCUUAUGAGGCCAUCGAUGACACUUGCCACUUCAACCCGAAGACUGUUGGAGCCACCGAUAAAGGCUUUGUUGAUAUUCCCCAGGGUGACGAAGAAGCGCUUCAGAAAGCCUUGGCAACUGUUGGACCGGUAUCAGUGGCUAUCGAUGCUUCCCACGAAUCUUUCCAGUUCUACUCGGAAGGUGUUUACUACGAACCUCAGUGCGACUCGCAGAACCUCGAUCACGGUGUAUUGGCUGUUGGAUAUGGAACCAGCGAAGAUAAUGAGGAUUACUGGCUAGUGAAGAAUUCCUGGGGCACCACCUGGGGUGAUAAGGGAUAUGUUAAGAUGGCCCGUAAUCGUGAUAACCAUUGUGGUAUUGCUACUGUCGCCAGCUACCCGCUGGUCUAACAGUAUCUUAUGUUUACAUAAUCAAGCAUCGUGUAGGAGCGGAUUUUAUCCUCAUUUUUAAUUCUGGCAUUACAUUAAUGAUUUUAUAUUCUAAUCGAUUA